AUGUCCGUCGGCGACGGCAUCCGACGACCGUCAUGGUCCGAUCUACCCGACGACAACCUCGCCGAUGUCUACCAUAGGCUAUCGUCCGCGCCUGACCGCGCGCGCUUCGCCUGCGUGUGCACGUCGUGGCGCCGUAUCGCACCGCCGCCUCUCGUCCCGGUGCUCCUUCCUUGGACCACCCAAGGCAGCGACCGCAAGGGCUACCGGAGAAGGCGAGCUCUCGACCUGGAGAGCGGCAUGCCCACGCGCGUCCAGCUCCCGUGGUUCGCCAGAGACAAAGUGUUAGUCGGGUCGUACAACCGCGGCUGGGUCGCAGCCGUGUCCAAGCACAACCAGCUCAUGAUCAUCAACCUCUCCUCUGGCGCCCAACUUCCGCUCUCCAACAAACAAAGAAUCGUUGGAUGCACAUGUAUGGCAGCGGCGAGAUCAGCAUGGACCCGUGAGGUGCAGAAAAUCAUAUUCUCCGAUUACCCCGACUCGAGGUCGGGUGAGGGUUGUAUCCUAGCCGCAAUCACGGUACAUUUGAAACUAGCGGUUUGCAGGGUUAGCUCUCCAGACAAUGGGUGGCUAACACAAGGAUGCGGGACGGACGAUGACAAGUUGUUCAUGGACAUUGCUUUUUGCAAGGGUGAGCUCUAUGGCCUCGCGCACCAUCAAGUGUACAAGUUCCAAAUCGGUACCCGCAAAGACAAUCCCCAUGUGGUCACCACGGCCGCGAUCAUACCCAUAGAAAGCAGCCCUUAUGAGCGCAAGCUUGGGGUGGCCUACCACGUCAGAUACAUCUUUUGA